AUGAACGCAAGUCCCGUGAGUAGACGACCGUACCAUCUUCCUCUACCUCAUCACACUCCCAAGGUGGAGAGGAUGUCUUCGUCAAGAUGUCUCCUCUUAGUUUCCGACAUAGCUUGGACUACUUUUCUAAUUCUCCUCCUACCUGCCUUCUGCAUAUCCUACUGCAUUCGACAAAUCGGCCUCCUUCUUGCCCAACAUCGACGAUCUAGCCUAGUUGAAACCCUGUCUUCCCUCUCACUACAUUACCUUCAUGGUGAAGAUGCAGGAAGGAACAUUGUGGUAGUCAUCUAUCUUGGUGCCCCUGGGAUUAAGAUUGCUGCAUUGAAGAAACUUCUGGUCAAGCGUAUUUUCUCCACUCCGCGCACACCGAGUGGCACUCACCAACGACGAAAUUGUGGAUCUAAGGGUAUGGAGAGGUGGUUUGCUGAACGACUUUAG